AUGGGCGAGCCCUUUUACGCCACCCGCAAGCUCUUGCUGGACGCCACGCUUCCGGAUGGAGUGGUGGCGAGGGUGCUGGAAGAGGCGGAGCCUCUCUCCCCGGGCAUGACCACAGCGUACAUUCUCCUCUGUAUCGUGCUCGUCAUUUUCUCGGGCAUCAUGGCCGGUCUUACUCUUGGACUGCUGUCCCUGGACAGGGUGGACCUCCAAGUCAUCAAGAGGUCCGGAACUGAGAGGGAGCGCUGGCUUGUCUCACGAAUUGAACCGGUGCUUGCAAAACCACACUACCUUCUGGCCACACUCCUCCUUUGUAAUUCUGGAGCCAUGGAGACGCUCCCUAUUUUCUUGGACCGGCUGCUCAACCCCGUGGCAGCCAUCAUCAUUUCGGUCACUGCCAUCCUUGUCUUUGGCGAGAUCUUGCCGCAGAUUGGAGCAUACUUUUCUUACCUUGUGCGCUUCCUCAUGCUUUUCACGGGCCUCAUCACCUGGCCAAUAGGCAAGCUUCUCGACUGGAUGCUGGGGGAGGACAGCGCCUUGUUCCGCCGUGCAGAGCUGAAGGCCCUUGUCAACAUUCACGCCGAGCCCGAGGAGGAUGGCGCGCUGUCGGUGCUCACCCACGACGAGGUCCAGGUGAUUCAAGGCGCGCUGGACAUGGCGACCAAGACGGCAGACACGGCCAUGACCCCCAUGAGCAAGGUCUUCGCGGUGUCCAUCGACGCCGUGAUCGACGAGGAGAUGCUGCGCCGCGUCAUCGAGCGUGGCCACUCACGCGUGCCAGUCUAUGAGGGCAACAACAAGGCGAACAUUGUCGGCGUGGUCCUGGUCAAGGAGCUGGUGCUGGCGGAGAUGGAUGGCCACAAGCGCAUCAAGGACAUGCGGAUACGAGAGGUUCCAUGCCUCAGGUCUGACAUCCCUCUGUAUGAUGUGCUGAAGAUCUUCAGGACCGGGAAGAGCCACAUGGCCUGCCUGACCAAAGUUUCGGGCAAGCUGGAAGAAAUUCUGGCGUCUGAGGGCUCCCUGACGCUCAAGGGCGGCUCCAUCGGCAUGGUGUCUGGCCCCGGCGGCGACACCACCGCCUCCGGCGUGGGGCCCUCCCCCGGCCUGUGGCUGACGCUGCGCAAGCCCUCGGCCUAUGUCACGGACCUGGCCAGCUGCCCCGACAUCAUCGGCAUCAUCACCAUCGAGGACGUGCUGGAGGAGCUGCUGCAGCAGGAGAUUGUGGACGAGACCGACCUGUACGUGGACAACCUGCAGACGGUGCGCCCAAACAUGUUGGUGUCGCUGCAGCACCUGCCCCCCUCCCUGCGCCGCUUCCUGUCCCGCAGCCUGGCGGCCACGGCCUCCCCGCUCUCCGCCUCGGCCGGCACCCCCAACCUGCAGCGCUCGCCAAACUCCCGGGCGCAAGCCAGCCGCGCGCCGUCGGCAACUGCCACCGCCAACGGUGCCGCGGGGGAGGGUGCGUCCCCCGGCGUGACGGACGCGCAGCGUGCCGCCGCGGCGGCGGCAGACUCCAACGCGCAGCUGGCGCUGGCAGCCGUCGCGGGCGUGAUCGGCGCGGUGGGGUCGGGGCCGCCCCUUCAGCAGACCGUCGGCAGGCAGCACAUGCUGCCGCGUGCGCGGCCGCCCACGAGCGGGAGCCGGGCCGCGUCGCGCGAGCGCCGCGCGACGGCGGCGGAGGACUCCGACGCCGAGUCCAUUGUUGGGGAGCGCGUGGGUCUCACCUCAGGCCACCUCCAGGAGGACUGA